UUUAUGUGCAUACAAAAACACACCUGUUGAAACAAAAAUAAAAUCUAAAAAUCAACUGGCAAUAGAACAUGCUGGGAAAUAUGACAAUGAUAGGUGGGGGUUUUGAGUGUGUGAUGAUUGUAUCUUCUUUAUAGUCAACAUUUUUGGUACAACAAUGUACCAUUAUACUAGAUUAUCUGCACAUGUACCCUAAAAGGUACGACACCAUGUUAUAUUAUAUAUGUACCUUGAAAUGUACAUUGUGUAUUUUAAUAUUUGUGUACCCCUGGGAACAAUACCGUACCCUUAACCGUAACCUUUUUUUCUGAGAGCGAAUGACAAGUUUAACGGGCUCCUGAGUGGCUCAGCGGGCUAAGGCACUGCAUCUCAAUGCAAAAGGUGUCCAUGGUUCAAAUCCAGGCUGUAUCACAUAUGGCCCUGAUUUGGAGUCUCAUAGGGUGACGCCCAGGUUUGGCCAGGGAAGGUAUCAUUUUAAAUAAGAAUUUGUUAACUGACUUGCCUAGUUAAAUAAAGAACAUUGUAUAUACAGUAUAUAUUUAUCACUGAGGCUGAUGCAAUCCAGCCCUUGUUGUAAUUUAGGGCAGUGAUAGGCAGUGAUAAUAUUAGUGUACUUCUAAUUGCUAAAAUCUAAUGUCAUUCAUGUCAUUUAAACAUGAACAUAAAAAUAAGCAUGAUUUAAUUGCUCAUUAUGUGUUUACUUAUUUGUCUCAUUGGAAUAUUUGAAUUGUGCAGUUAUGGUUUAGAAAAUGUCAAAUUAUAUUGCUCCUUUUCUAUUAGAUUUGUACAAUUAUUUUGGAUUUAGGACAGAUGGCCUAGGUAAAUGCCUUUUUUAUUAGGACUGGUUGGGGGACGCCACCCACCUGCAUGCAGGAGCCCGCCCCUGUGUGACGUCCUUACCAACGUGUCUAUUUCGUGGAGAGAUAGCGCGGUUCGGGUUAUAAAUUACGCGCUGAGAGGCACAGCAACACACGGACAACCCGGGCCAUUUCGUUAAAAUACAAGCCCAUUACUACCGCCAACAGACAAUAUAGUCAAACAUUUUCUUCAUAUUUCGUUCGUAUUUCGUUUCUUUUUUAAGGUACACUCAGGGCGCACAAUGGAAGAAAACAUGGAGGGGAAGGUAUCCAACGGAGAAGCGCAUCUUGAUGAGCCGGUAGCCAACGGACUCCGCCACAAGAAGUGUUCCAACGAGACAACCGUGGAGAAAAUAAAGAGGUUAGUCAUGGCCAACUUGCUGGUGAUUCUCACAGUGGCCGGGGUGAUCAUCGGGGUGUUCAUCGGACUUGGUGUGCGCCACAUGGAGCUGAGCAGGACACAGAUCCUCUACGUGGGCUUCCCAGGCGAGCUGCUCAUCCGGUUGUUGAAAAUGAUCAUCAUCCCCCUGGUGGUGUGCAGCCUGGUGUCCGGGGCGGCCAGCAUCGACCCCAAAGCUCUGGGCAAGCUGGGCGGCUGGGCGAUGAUUUUCUUUUUGGUCACCACUUUAAUUGCAUCAGCCAUUGGGGUGAUCAUGGCGUUCAUCAUCUCCCCCGGAUCAAACACCGGCUCCAAGCCAAUUUUGUCGGAUGACGGCGAGCUGCCCCAGGCCAAAGAAGUGGUGGACUCCUUCUUGGACCUGAUCAGAAACAUCUUCCCCUCCAACUUGGUGUCUGCUGCCUUUCAGUCUUACGCUACCAGUUACAAGUUUGUGACCAAGAAUGUCUCUAAUGGCUUGCCCAGCAUCACAGUGGAGAAGGUUCCCUUUGGCACAGACCAGGACGGUAUGAACAUCCUAGGACUGGUGGUGUUUGCCAUAGUGUUUGGUGUGGCCCUGAGGAAGCUGGGAGAGGAGGGAGAGAUCCUCAUCAAGUUCUUCAACUCCUUCAACGAGGCCACCAUGGUGCUGGUGUCCUGGAUCAUGUGGUAUGCCCCCCUUGGAAUCAUGUUCUUGGUAGCAGGGAAGAUCGUGGAGAUGGAGAACGUGGGAACGCUGUUUGCCAGCCUGGGCAAGUACAUCGCCUGCUGUAUCGUCGGCCACGCCGUCCACGGCCUGCUGGUCCUGCCGGGCAUCUACUUUAUCAUCACCCGCAAGAACCCCUACACCUUCCUGUGGGGCAUCUUCACCGCUCUGGCCACCAGCUUUGGAACCAGCUCCAGCUCUGCCACCCUGCCCCUGAUGAUGAAGUGCGUGGAGGAGAACAACGGUGUGUCGAAGCACAUCAGUCGUUUCAUUCUGCCCAUCGGUGCCACGGUGAACAUGGACGGUGCAGCGCUCUUCCAGUGUGUGGCGGCCGUCUUCAUCGCUCAGCUCAACAACAUCCCGCUCAACUUCAUCCAAGUCUUCACCAUCCUGGUGACAGCCACGGCGUCCAGUGUGGGAGCAGCGGGGAUCCCCGCGGGGGGCGUGCUGACGCUGGCCAUCAUCCUGGAGGCAGUGGGACUGCCCACCAGCGACAUCUCCCUCAUCCUCGCCGUCGACUGGCUCGUGGACCGUACCUGCACCAUUCUGAACGUGGAGGGCGACGCCUAUGGAGCCGGGCUGCUGCAGUGGUACGUGGACCGCUCUGACAAGCCCAGGGAGGGGCCGGAGCUAAGCGAGGUAAAGCUGGAGGAUGGCACGCCCGCCUUGCCGGAGCACUCGCCCCUCAUCGAGGAGAAGGAGAGCAGCAGGGGCGCGGGCGACGACACGGCGGCGGCUCGCGGCUCUGAGAAAGAGUCGGUCAUGUAGAUGGUUCGCUGACGUGUCAUCGAUGACCCUCCGUUUGACCCCUCAAUCAUGCCAGAAAGGAGGGGGAGAGGGCCUUUUUAGACUUCCAUUUAAAGACUAUUCCUCUCCUUGUGUCUUCUCUCUUUCUAAGCGAGACUGAGAGAUCCAGGUAGGGGGGGUUGGUGGGGGGGAGAAAGGAGAGCGUGAACAGAGGCUGUUCGGAUUUGAACGUGACAGUGUUUUUGAUUAAGGACUCUAGAUUGGAGUCCUUUGAAUGCUGCUUUGGUUCAGAAGAGCUGGCCCUGACUUCCACUCCCCUUUUAAAAUAUUUAUAACAGUAACCAGUCUUGAAAAGGCAAAUAUCUCCAUGUUUUCUAUAUCACAGCCGCAUGUACAAUUUGUUUCUCUGUGUAUGAAGUAGCCUGCACUAAUUCUCACUGUACUCUGUGAGAGUAGAUGAUGAAAAUUCCAAAGUUAUCACACAAGAUCCUCUGUACUGUAUGAUGUACCAAAUUAAGUUGAAUCCUAAAUGAUGUUCCACUGCUGGGAGAAAGGACUUUUCUCACACAAGAACUGUGGCUCUGCUCAAUGCUUCUAAUCUGUAGCUGUUUUUAUCCCAGACAUUUCAGUCAGGCUGGGGCCAAGCACAAGAGGGUUUGCACAGUCCAAAUGAAGGCUUCAUGUUCUCACAGUGGUUUUACAAUGUUAAAAGAAUGUGUGAGAGGUGUUGCAAUAGAGAUCCUAUUAAAUUACUAAGAGGGGAAAUGUCAUAUCUCAAAGUUUCAGAAUGGGACAAAAUGGCAGCCAUCUUGGUCAGGGCGAAAUCCAAAAACAGUCAUGGGAAUGAAUGGCAGUAGAGGCAUGGGUGAUGCAUUUCCUGCUUUUACUUAAGCAGGGGGGUAAGGCAUGUGAUACAUCAUGAAUUGUGCUAUAUUUGAGCUAGUGUAUGGCUGUGGAUCGACUGCAUUGUUUGAAUAGGAAUGUUGCCAUUUUAGCAGUUAAUUUGAAAAAAUGUAUAGGAUCAUUCCUCAAACUGACUGGCUAGCUAGCUAAUAGACACAUGGAGUGCAGAUCAAUUUUUGUUUUACACUAUAUUAUCACAGCACUGGCAAACCAUGGUUGACCACCUCCCUGACCAACAUGGCUGACAUUUGGACCUUGAUAAGAAGGUUAAUGUCCAUUCUAGUGUUCGAAUUCUUAAUUCUAUGGGUGUUGCCCUUCCUGUUCCUUCACUAGGCUAAGAGUCGCAGUAACCUAAUGUUGCAUGUCCUAUGUUUAUUGGGGAAUAGGACUUUUGGCAGACGAGUGGGAAGAUAAGUGGGGGGAGUUACAGUGAGCCAGUCUGAGGCAAUUUCAUUUAGAGGAAUACAUUCUGAAAUUCUAUUUGUGUCUAUGACAAAGGUGUAUCUUUUAAAGCAAGGGGUUAUUGACUGUAGGCCGUUUUAUCAAUUUGUGUUUAUUUCAUUACUUUUUUUUGUUUUUUGAAAUGUAUUUCUUGAAUCAGAUAUACUUCAAAGCAGACGAGGCCAGUGGCUGAGUAGGAACAUACUCGUCAGCCUCUUUUUGGAUCAGUUCUACUGUUUUAAAUUGUCUCCAAGCUGGCUUCCCUUCAUCAAGUGAAGAAUGUACCUUACCCAAAUCAUGAACACUUUUUUAAAAACAUUUUAUUUGUAGACUUAUUAACGUUAUUUGAAAGUUUAUUUUUGCUAGUUAUAUUUGAUGCUUUAAUAAUUUGUUGGUAAUCGCUUUUUAUACUCAAUGUUUAUCAUUCUGCACAGAGCCGCUUGAAAACCUUUUGGCGAGACGACAGCAUUUCUAUUUUAUUUAACUAGACAGGUCAGUCCCUAAGGGACUCCCGAUCACGGCCGGUUGUGAUACAGCCCGGGAUCAAACCCGGGUCUGUAGUGACACCUCUAGCACUGCAAUGCAGUUUUACCACUUCCAAUGCAGUUUCACCACUUUCAAAGCAGCAGCACCUAUGGGCCAGUUACUUGUGUUCCAGUUCAACACUUACCUGCUCUGUAAACUGUUUUCCUGAGCAAAAAUAAGCGACUAUAAAUCUACUCGCUGAGCUUAUUUAUUUUGGGGAAAGUUUUUAGCAUUCGUCUUGGCUAUCUUACUGUACUAGCCAGGUUGAUUAAGCAAUAAGGCCCGGGGGGGGGGUAUGGCCAAUAUACCACUGCUAAGGGCUGUUCUUAAGCACGACACAACGCGGAGUGCCUGGAUACAGCCCUUAGCCGUGGUAUGUUGGCAAUAUACCACAAACCCCAGAGGUGCCUUAUUGCUAUUAUAAACUGGUUACCAACGUAAUUAAAGCAGUAGAAAUGAAUGUUUUGUCAUGGCCGUGGUAUACGGUCUGAUAUACCACGGCUGUCAGCCAAUCACCAUUCAGGGCUCGAACCACCCAGUUUAUAAAAUCUCUUUUGGAACGUAAUUGUCUUAAAGGGACAGCGUCCUAUUUUGAGAUGUAAAACAAAUAUUCUCAAUUACAUACUUUUAAAGAAAAUAAGGGAAUGCAAUUAAUACAAUGCAGUUCUAAAGAAUAAAGUAAUGGCUUGUGUUGCGAAAUUAUAUUAAACAGAUUUUUUUAUACAUUUAAUAGCUGAGAGAAAGAGAGAGAAAGCGUGCCAACAUAUGGGCUCUGCAUGACCCCAGUGCAUCGAUUCUUUCAGGCCCAGUCACGCCGACUGGCCUAUUCGGGCCAGUGAGAUAAAAGCUAAUAGGCCGUCCUUGUAAAUAAGAAUUGGUUCUUAAAUUAACUGACUUGUCUAGUUAAAUAAAGGUAAAAAAAAUAAAAAAUGUUGGACCCUGCAAUAGCCUAUGAAUAGGGCCCAGACCAUGACCCGGUUCAGGCACCAGAAAAGACACCUAUGAAUUAUUUUGCUAUGCUACUUUUGAACCUGUGGUGCCACCUCUGAUUCUGCAGCUUGUCCCCCCCUGCUGUCUGUCUUUAUGUUUUGUGCAAUGCUUUAAAAAAAAAACAUUCCACAGGGUCUUUGGUGUGUGUG